UACUGGACUUCAUCUCUAGCCCUGUUUAUACCUGGUUAUAACAUGCUACCUUUGUCCUGAUCUUGUCCACAUUCUGAUUGUGCCUACAUUUCUAGAUAUGAUUGUGAUUAGAUCUUAUAAGUGUAAACAGACAAGAUCAGGUCAAGAUCAGGACAAGCUCAGGACGAAGGACACAUGUUAACGGCAGGUAUAAACAGGGCUUCUGAAACACUGGAUUGGCGUUUGCAGUGUGGUGUGAGAAAUGAUGCCCAAACAGCGCCAUUUACUGUUCAACUGCAUGACUAACCCUUUUUCCUAUAUGGGCUCUAGCAUGGUUUUCUCUUGUGCUACAUACAUUGUCAUCUUAAAACCACUGUAUUUACUUGUGAACAAAGUGAGGGAAAGUAGAUUUCUCGAGAGUAGGGAAAUUCGUUUUUUUUCCAAAACCCAAUGAAACUGAGUAUGCUGUAAACAUGCUUCUAGGACUAGGAGCAUUUGUGUUUCAUGUCACCCAGCCUCAUUAUGACUUUUCACAGCCAUCAUUGAAACCAAGCUUUGCUGAUCUCCUUUUCAUUCUUACAGGUGGUCACCAACAACCAAAUAUAACAGCCUUGAUGUGUCGUGUCUAACUUGCUCUCUUGUUUUGCAAGAUAGUGAAUAUUCUGUUCACAGAUGCAUGCCAGCUUUUAGUGUAUCCACUUCUUCUUGCUGUUGAAUCACACUGACACAGCCUUGCACUGUUGCGUAUGAACUGUUAACAUUCAAAUGCCUGUCUGAGGGGUGAGUACAUGUUUCACCUUGCUUUAGAAUACAGUGUGAAUUUAAUUAGUAUGACAAUUUUUCAACAAUAAUGUAAAUUAUAAAUAAACAAUAUGAUUUUUGUCAUAACAUUUUGGAUUUUGAAAUUUGAUGGAGAAUAUGUCUACUCAUAAUGCUAAAUACAUUUUUCCACAGGAGUUUCAGACCAUUGAAGGCGUUCUCGAAGUGGGAAGUAUAGAGGUCUACUCUGUGUUUAGCUCUGUCCAGAGCGGCAUGAUCGACCAUACCACUGGGCUCAGUCUCCUGGAGGCUCAGCUCAUCACCUCUGGCCUCGUUCUGCCUCAGUUCAGGAUGUGUCUGGAGCUGGACGAAGCUUUCCACCACAACCUCAUUGACGAGGCCACCUGGAAGCAGCUCAGAGAGCUCAACGAAGCCAACCGGAGUAUCCUGAGCCCUCUGUUCUCUUCAGAAUCUCUCCCUGUGAUGGCAGCGCUUAGAGAGGGGGCCGUCUCUGAGCGCCUCGCCAUGAAGGUUAUAGAGAUCCAGUUGGCUACAGGUGGGUUGAGGGUGUCCUACACAGGUGAUGUACUGACCCUGGAGAGGGCCUUUCAGUUUGGCCUGAUCCCUGCACAUCUGUAUGUCAAGCUCCUGGAGAGACAGAACACAUGGAAGGACCUGAUCAACCCCGGCACGGCAGAGAAGGUCUCGCUUACCCAGCUGGUGCAGAGGAGCGUGGUUGAUGAGGAGACUGGACUGCGACUGCUGCCGGUAAAGAAGAGCCACGAUGGGAGCAUAGAGUUGACAUCCGGAAGGGAGAUGAGUGUACUUAGGGCUGUUCAUGAAGGGCUGAUUGACAGAGAGACCACGUUGAGGCUGCUGGGUGCUCAGCUGUUUGCAGGCGGUAUCGUCGACCCCAAAACAGGCAGUAAGCUCACUGUAGAGCAAGCCCUGUCAGAGGGCUUGAUCGAUCAAGACACUGCCAGUGGGAUACUGAACCAGCAGGCCCAAACUGGAGGUAUAGUGAACCCUCAGAAUGGCAAAAGGCUAACAGUGGAUGAGGCUGUUCAGUGUGAUUUGAUGAGCUUUAGCAGUGCACUCUUGGUGCUGGAGAAACAGAAGGGGCUCAUGGGACUUUUAUGGCCUCACUCUGGUGAAAUCUUGACCAUUUCCACCUCUCUGCGGCACGAAAUCAUCACCAGUCAGCUCGCAUUCAAACUGCUCAGCAAUAGACAGAAAAUAGCGUCCCUUUACGUACCAGAAUACUCAAAAGUAGUGGAUAUUAACUCUGCUACUCAAAAUGGUUUCAUUGAUGUACACACAGCAGAGGUAUUGAAAACCAUUGAAAUACCAGAUGUUUUUCCUGAUGUUGAUGACCUUAAUGACAGAUUUUCUAACUGGCUGAUGUUGAGAGAGCUUCAGAUUGGAGGAUCCCAUCGCACUACAGAUGAUAAUGAGAUUGAUUAUGAGAACAUAAAUACCCCAUCUUCCAUUGAGGCAAAACAGUUAUUUAUCUCAUACCUCACAAUGAAUAGUUACAUGGAUCCAAAAUCAGGACAAAGGCUUUUAAUAUUCGAUGGACAGUUGACUAAAAUGGCAGAACUUUUAGUUGACAUUUCAGUAGAGACACCUGAAAACCAGGUAUACAACACUGGACCUGGUAAUGCCACUUUUGAGGACAUGUCAUUGAAAGAAGACAUUUCUGAAGAUUCAGAGAUGUCCUUUGACAGCAAUACUGAGGAUUUUGGAUAUUUGCACAUUAACGAGGGAACAGAUGGAACAAUGAAAGACCAUCAUGCUUCACAUUUCUUCAAGGAGGAGAAGUCAGAUUAUAAGCAAUCUGACAAUAAAGCAUUUUCUAAUAAUGUGGUGAAGGUGGUAGCACAUGAUGGCACAGAGGAUUCUCCUUCAGCUAUUGACUGUGUAAACAAUACCACACAGCCUGAUUCUGACAUUAGCAUCUAUCAAAAGAACACAAGCAGUAUAAGUCUAGCACCCAAUGGAAUUGAUGUAGAAUCCUCAGAUAAUCAAUCAAAAGAGACUUUCACUGGAAGUUCAGCCACACAAACUCCUUCCACAGACAUGAGCUUGCCCUCAGGUGCACUGGAUUGGAAAAUGAUGAUAGCACACGAUUUCACAGAGAAAUUUCACAGCUCUGUUAAGAAUAGCAGACAGCAUGAUUCUGUUUUGUCCGAUGGCCCAUCACCCUUUGAAAUUGGUUUAGAAACCUCAGAUAAAGCUUUAUAUAAUCAACCAAUAGGAGAAUCAGCCCCACACGCCAUGUCGGAUACCUCAACCCGUACUAAAUCAUGCUCAGUGGGUGGCAAAGACAUUAGCUUGCUAGCACAAUGCAUCACAGACGAAGCAUCUGUAGCUGUUCAUUCUGAAAAGAAUGCCAGACAACCUGAUUCAAAAGAAAAUGUUUUGACUUAUACCAUCUAUCAAAGGACCAGACACGGUACAAGCUCAUCAUCAUUUGAAAUUGGUGUAGAAACUUCAGAAAUACCUUCAGAUUAUCAACCACAAGAGACUGUCAAUGGAGUUUCAGCUUCAGAAACUGUUUUGGAAAGCUCAGCUCCUCCCAGAUUGUGCUUAGUGAAUGACACAGACAUGCACCUGACAUCAGGUGCCAAGGAUUCUAAAAAGGUGGAGGCAAAAGGCCUCACAGAGGAAGCAUCUGUAGAGGUUAGCUCUUGUAAAAAUACCAGUACGAGCCCAGCGCUAACUGAAAUUGAUUUAGUCACCUUUGAAACUUAUUCAGAUAAUCAACCAAAAGAUACAGCCAAUGGAGGUUCAGCCACACAAACCAUUUUGGAAAACUCAACUCCUAGAUUCUGCUCAGUUGAUUCUGAAAAUACUAUCCAGCAGUCUGAAGCUUCUGAAGCAAAUGUUUUGAAGAAGAAGAAGAUAAACAACACAAGUAUAGUACCCUUUGAAAUUGAUGUAGAAACCUCACAUAUAACUUCAGAUAAUCAACCACAAGAGGCUCUCACUUUCAAUGAAGGGUCAGCCACACAAAUCAUUUUGGAAAGGUCAACCCACCCACUAUUGUGCUCAGUGAAUGACACAGACAGGAGUUUCCCCUCAGCUGCACCAGAUUCCAAAAGGAUGCCAGCACAAAAGGAAUAUUCUAGCUCUGAAAACAAUGCACGACAUUCCAAAAUGGAGGUAGCACACGGUUUCACAGACGAAUCAUCCAUAUCUAUUGACUCUGCAAAAAAUACCAGGCAGCCUUCCUUUGAAAUGGGUGUUGUGUCUGACAGAAUCGAUCAAACCAACACAAUGAGCACAAGCCCAACACCAUUUAAAAUGGAUUCAGAAACAGAUAUUGCUUCAGAUAAUCAACCUAAAGGGACUUUCAAUGGAAGUUCAGCCACACAAACAGUACUGAAAAGUUCUACUUUGUGCUCAGGGAAAGACACAGGCCUGCCCUUGGCCUCAGUUGCACAAGGUUCCCCACAACGUCCCACAUAUCCAGUGACACCUGGCUGUGAGACAGACAAGGACACCAACUUUGAGUCAUCGCUAUUGGCCACUGUAUUGACAGACAUCCUUGACACAACCACAGCGUUUCCAUGCACUGAAGAAGUAGUGUGGGACAAUGAAGAUGAGAGAGGACUUGCGACCCACCUUCUCAGACCCCAAGUUGAAGAGGGUGGCGUUUUGUGUAUAAUUUUUGAGAAACGCUGUGACCUUGAUGCACCUUUUGAUAAGGGCCUUGUGGACGAGGGCACUGUGUUAGAUGUGUGGGCAUUGCAGCUCCACAAGGGAGAUGUCUUAGAGGAAGAGAAAAGCCCAGUGGCAACCCUGAAAGAAGCUGUGUCUAAAGGCUCCAUAUCCUCCCAGAUACCCCUGCAGAUCACGGAACAGCAGAGCCUGUUGGGUGGUGUACAUGACCCCAAGUCUGGAUGUCCUAUUAGUGUGAGUGAAGCACUGGAUUCAGCGAUGAUUGAUGAUGAUUUGGCUGAAAAGAUCCUUCACUCAGACCCAGUACACAAAGCAAUCAUCCACCCUGAUAGACACUGUACUCACAGCAUUUCAUAUUCCCAGAGUCUGGGCCUCAUAGACAACGAUGAGGCUGAGAAUAUACGGCAGCAUCAAACAGACAAAAAGCUGUCGGUUUUGGUUCUUGAUGACUCUGAAGAGGAAGAAUGGAUAGAGAAUAGGGAUGGACAUGCACGGGAAGAUUUGCACGCAGAAGGAAGCAAAGAACAGAACUGCGAUUCACAGAAGGCCUUACUACCUUCAUUCACCAUUAGUCAUGGGCCUGUAUGUAGACAGAUCAUAUCACCUAUCCUGUCAGAUCAGGUAACAGAGGGACGUGUCAUCCAUGAACUUGAAACACCAUCUUCAUUAAGGGAAGAUAGUGCCUCACAUGCCCCCACUAGUUCACUGUCAGACAUUGUCCCUGGGUCUAGAAAUUCCAUCCAAAAUUCCAUUUCGUCAAAUAGAUCAAACUCUCUCAGUUUGAGCGAUAGUGGAGAUAGUGGAGCACCUCAGCACCAGGCUGAGGAGUUGAGACAGACAGAGGAAGACGGUAGCAGUUCUCUGAGGAGAGACACUGAUCUGUCCUGCGAGGCGGUUGGCUUCACUCCGGGUGAUGGGCAGCUGGGAGCAGGAUACCGUGAGAUAGUGGGGGACCAGACUGUUUGUCCUGUUCAGAGUGACUCAGGCGUGUCGUGCUCAUCACAUAGUGAUCUGUUGUCUGAUGAAAGGAAAAUGGAGAACACUGUUCAGCCGCCAGCCAGCCAGCUAGUCAAAGAGUCAGACCGGAGAAUAGAUAGCUCAUCACCAAGAGAUUUGUCUGGCGAUGUAACAAGCACAGUGUCCGGAGAUGUGGGUGUCAGAGGGGAUAAAACUGUAAUAAAUGGUGAUGGCGUUUCAUCGUUUAACACUGUGUCACCUCAGCGACCUCUAGUGAAAUCAGAGAGGGAUGUUGGUGGCGAAAUGGAGCCCACAUCCUCUCAAAACGGGCACAGUCAUAGUAACCCCACCGUUCAGAAAAAGACUCCAGUGCAGUUGACUAACUUAUCUGAUUUAGCUAUUGUAUCAAGUGUACAUAGCAUAAAAUCAGGCAGUGACAAUAAAGACAGCUACGAUAUAGGUGAUCAAGAGCAGUUACAGACUGCUCCCAUUAAAGAGAUAUCUAGCACAAUCACCCCUGAUCCGACACUGACUGAUAAACGUCUGCCAAAUUCAAAUGCUAAUGUUGAAGCUAAAGCUAAUGACAGGGUUGAAUCAAGCAGGAGUGGUGACAGCAAACCAGGGAGACAAGAAGGCUCACCUGAUGAUGGUCUCUCACAGAUUACUGAUCAAGCAACAUCACAGACAGGACAGACAAGUAGCAAUGAUACAAGUUCGUUGUCAGCAUCAAAAAUGACCCCAGGAAAUCCAUUAAAGGCAAAAGAGCCAGGUAUGAGAACAGAUGUUAAACAAGAUGAAUGUGGUUCUGUUGAGAAUCAUCCCCAACCGAUGGCCGCUAAUGCUCAACCAGACUCUCACUCCAAUACACCCUCAACAUCAGAAAUGACCUCAGGGCAUGCGGUAAAGCCUGGCCUCGGAUCAGAUCUUACAUGUAGGCAGAAUCAAUGUUGUGCUGAUGAGAAUCAUCCCCAUCUGAUGACUGUUGAUGUUCCACCAGACUUAAUGACACAUGAUAGUGUCCCACCACCUGCGUUGGCGAUCUAUACUGCUCUAAGGUCUGGUUUAGAUGAGCUGGUGAGAAUGAGAGUGGAGGGGGCAGAUGUUGAUGACUUGCAAAAGGCUGAGACCCAAGCAGUGGAGGACAUCAUCAACCUGAUACAGGACAAUCCACAGUCCCAUGGAAGAGUUUUUGGUGAUUUUGGUGAGGAGACAGAUGCAGCGCCUGGGCUUAUGAAAAGUAGUAGCCCAGAUCUCCUCAGGGAUCUGUUGAAGCAGGAGGCUCUCCGUUCAGGUAAAACUAGUCCGGAGGAAGAGGAAGGGGAACCCCUCCAUGAAGAAACCCCUCCAUCUGAUAUGAUCCAGAUUCAGUCUCAGCUUCUGCAGGUUCUUCAAAGUUUAUCCUCAAGCCAAGACCCUGCCAUGCUCAAGGAUGUGAUAGGAACCUUGAGCAGUAUUCUGGGCGGUGCUCCUCAUGAGGGCAGGCCACACAACCUGGAGAUCAUCCAGGAGGAGGGCUCAUCAGAUGAGGCUGAAGGUGCCGUGGCAGAUCCCAUGGAUGCUCCUGACCUAUGUCAAUCUACAGAGGUUGAAACCAUUUCAGACACAGGCAAUGCUGAACCAGUUCAAUCUAAAGUCAGGCAAGAGUACUCCACCCAGGAUUAUCUGGAGUGUGUGGGUAGACUUCAGGAUCAUGCAGAUGUUCUAGAAGAGAUCAGGAAUGUCCUGUCAUCCCAGCAGGGCUCUCUGAGUAACAAUAUGGAGGAGUUACACAGUCAUCUGGAUGAAUCUCAGGUUUGUUAUCACAUACACAAUGUAAUAAAAGUUUAGCAAAAAUACUAUAUAUACAGUUGAAGUCGGAAGUUUACAUACACUUAGGUUGGAGUCAUUAAAACUUGUUUUUCAACCACUCCACACAUUUCUUGCUAACAAACUAUAGUUUUGGCAAGUCGGUUAGGACAUCUACUGGUGCACUUCACAAAAUAGAUGGCAUCAUGAGGCAGGAAUAUUAUGUGGAUAUAUUGAAGCAACAUCUCAACACAUCAGUCAGGAAGUUAAGGCUUGGUCGCAAAUGGGUCUUCCAAAUGGACAAUGACCCCAAGCAUACUUCCAAAGUUGUGGCAAAAUGGCUUAAGGACAACAAAGUCAAGGUAUUGGAGUGGCCAUCACAAAGCCCUGAACUCAAUCCUAUAGAAAAUGUGUGGGCAGAACAGAAAAAGCGUGUGAGAUCAAGGAGGCCUACAAACCUGAAUCAGUUACACCAGCUCUGUCAGGAGGAAUGGGCCAAAAUUCACCAAACUUAUUGUGGGAAGCUUGUGGAAGGCUACCCGACACGUUUGACCCAAGUUAAACAAUUUAAAGGCAAUGCUACCAAAUACUAAUUGAAUGUAUGUGAACUUCUCAUCCACUGGGAAUGUGAUGAAAGAAAUAAAAGCUGAAAUAAAUCAUUCUCUCUACUAUUAUUCUGACAUUUCACAUUCUUAAAAUAAAGUGGUGAUCCUAACUGAUAUAAGACAGGGAACUUUUACUAGGAUUAAAUGUCAGGAAUUGUGAAAAACUGAGUUUAAAUGUAUUUGGCUAAGGUGUAUGUAAACUUCCGACUUCAGCUGUAUGCUUGAAUACACACUCUCCCUCAGUGAAAGAAUAUGCAACCAUUGAGUACUUUCGAGCCACUUCAAUUUCUCUCUUUAUUUCUGUUUCUAAGUUACUCCUCCUUGCAUUUAGCAUCUGUCUCAAUAUUCACCCACUUCUUACAUGUCACUUUCCUAUUUUCUGACUAAAUUCACUCUGUUUCUAGUCGUUGGAAGCACAUCUCUCUACACUGGCUGGUAUUCUGACCAGAGAUCUGGACAUAACCAAGCAGCUUUUAAAGUCUGGCAGUGCGCUCUUUCCCACGCAUAUUCACCAAGAUCUGGCUUCAGCCUUUCGAGAGUUGCAGACAGUUUUUGCAGACGUUUGCCAGAUGUCUGCAGAAAAUAAUUAUGUUCUAAGGCAGGCUAUUGAUACAGGAAAGGUCAGUGUUUGUUUCUCAUUGUUUUGAUAUACACAUGUAGGAUCUUAGUUUGAGCCAGUUUGCUACAGCAGGAAAAUAAUCAUGCAGCAACAGGAAAUGUGAAUUAUUUUGUGGAUUAUAAUGAAUGGAUA